AUUACUAAUCUAAUGUGGCCAUUUCUUAUUAUACCACCUUUUAUAUCACUUAAUACCAUCUAAUAUUUCCUUGUUUAUAUGUUUGUCUCUUCCAACUCGGUUUUAAGCUUUGUGAGCACAGAGACGUCUGUCACGUUCUUCGCUCUAUCCCCAAAGCUAGAACAAUACCUGAAACACAUAGUAUAUGCAUAAUAAAUAUUUGUUGAAUAAAUUAAUGCAUUGAUCAUGAUGAUGACAACAAAAUUUCAGACGACCUGGCCACAAAUUCUAACGACUUUCUCAAGAAUAAGAAUCGCAUUUCCGAAGAUCCUGGUAGACUGUGGAAAUCGACAAUAAAAGAUCUGGGGCCAAAGUCUGGGGGAAGCAGAGGUAAUAUAUUGGAAUUUGGGCCUUUUCCCCCCAUCCAAGGCUCUCAGAGACCUCGCAGAAGGGAAGCCUAGAAUCUUCCGAGAAGAAAUUCCAGCCCAGCCACAACGAAUAUUUUUCCAUCCACGAUUCUUCGCAGCCACUUCUGCUAGGUUGAAAAUGCGCAAACACCUCUAGGACCCCGGGCUCCUUUCUGUUUCUUUAUGAAUGAACCGGCUCUAGUCUGCGCAGGCGCAGCUCCUGGUUCUCCUGCUCCACGUGAGGCCCACCCUUCCCUCCCGCUGGCGGCCCCGCCCUUAUUCUUUCUAAUGAACCAAUGGCGAGCGGCCUGGGGGGCGGAGCCCGGAGCGGCGCGGCACUGUAGAUCCCCCGGCGCCCGGCUCCCUCGCGUUAGUCUUGCUGUGUUGUGAUCACGUGGCCAGCUCCGGGCGCGGCGCUUGUUUUGGUUUCCCUCUAGCUUGUCCCUGGCAGCUUCGGGGUGAGCGACUUUGCUGUGCCGGUUGCUGCGCCUGCCUUACACUCUGAUCUCCUCUUCUUAGGGCUCUUUCAGCCCGCAGUUCGGCAAGCCCCUCGGGGCCGGCUACUGCCAUGCCGCUAGUUCGCUACAGGAAGGUGGUCAUCCUCGGGUACCGCUCUGUAGGGAAGACAUCUUUGGCACAUCAGUUUGUGGAGGGCGAGUUCCUGGAAGGCUAUGAUCCUACAGUGGAGAACACUUACAGCAAGAUAGUGACUCUUGGCAAAGAUGAGUUUCACCUACACCUGGUGGACACAGCAGGGCAGGAUGAGUACAGCAUUCUGCCCUAUUCAUUCAUCAUUGGGGUCCAUGGUUAUGUGCUUGUGUAUUCUGUCACCUCUCUGCAUAGCUUCCAAGUCAUUGAGAGUCUGUACCAAAAGCUACAUGAAGGCCAUGGGAAAACUCGGCUGCCGGUGGUGCUAGUGGGAAACAAAGCAGAUCUCUCUCCAGACAGGGAGGUCCAGGCAGUUGAAGGGAAGAAGCUGGCAGAGUCCUGGGGUGCGACGUUUAUGGAGUCAUCUGCUCGAGAGAACCAGCUGACUCGAGGCAUCUUCACCAAAGUCAUCCAGGAGAUUGCCCGGGUAGAGAAUUCCUAUGGGCAAGAGCGCCGCUGCCGGCUCAUGUGAGCCCUCAGGCAUUGGGUAGCUGCCUUGAUUCUGCCCCUGGCACUUGCCAGGCUCCAGCGGGUGUAGGCCCUUAGGACUUCACGGGUAUGGUUGCCAGCUGUGUCCCCGGUCCUCUGGUCACACAGUGUGGUACCCUCAUGUUUGCACACUUUUCCAGGCUCCAGUGGCCUGGUUGUCAAUGUUUACAAUGGGGCAAGGAUGUCUCAUGGGACUGGCCUCUAGUCCUCUGUUUUUGCUACAUGAAUUGUUAUAACCUGCAGGGUUGGGAUAUGAGUCCGAAGCAUUGUUUAUUUAGGACCCUGUCUUCUGUGCAGGUUUUGGGCGUUGGCUGGGUGAGGGGAGCUGGGGAUUCCUGAAGUGGAGCUGGCUCCCUAGGGUGACAAUGUAUAUAUGCAAAUAAACUGAGAAAUCUUU